AUGGACUCAUCCGACCAAUCCACCGCCCUUCCUCGCACCGCACCCAAUCUCUCCGCCACCUCAUCGACCUCUCAAACCGCCGCCGACUACAUCAACACCCAACUCUCCCUCGAGGCCGACGCGCGAGAAGCCCUUCCCUACCAAUUCGACACCUGCACAUACCCUCUAGGACCGCUCCGACAGUCAAUCUACGCCUGCUUGACCUGCUCUCCUCCGCCAGCAUCGAAAUACCAACAACACACCCCAGCCGGAGUCUGCUACAGCUGCAGCAUCAGCUGCCAUGGCGAACAUAACCUCGUCGAACUCUUCGCCAAGCGCGACUUCGUCUGCGACUGCGGUACCACGCGACUCGCGAACAGUAGUACGCCAUGCAGCUUGCGACAUAAUGCUGAGACAGGGAGAAAGGGCGAUGUGAAGGGUGACAAGGCGCGGGAAGGCAACAGCUACAACCAGAACUUCGAGGGCAAGUUUUGUGGGUGCGGAGAGGAGUAUGAUCCGGAGCUGGAGAAGGGGACGAUGUUCCAGUGUUUGGGACUGGGAACUGUUGAGGAUGGAGGGUGUGGGGAGGAUUGGUGGCAUCCGGACUGUUUGAUGGGGUUGCCAAGGGUGAAGCAUGAACCGAAGCCGAAGGUGGAAUCGAACGGCGCUCUGGAGACUGUUAAGGAGGAAGGUGAGAGUGGUGAGGCGCAGACGCAUACGAAUGGUGAAGAGAAUUCAGAGCAUGCGCAUGAUGAUGCGCCUCUACCGCCCGGCUUCCCGGAGGAGGACGACUUCGAGCAUCUCAUAUGCUACAAAUGCGUCAAUGCGUUCCCCUGGAUCAAGGCGUACGCGAAAAGCCCUGGCUUUCUCAUAGCUGGGCAGCCGACGCAGACCAACAGUCAUCAGGAAGAUGUGAAGCCUACCACACCACAGGUCGAGCCUACAGCAAGCCUUAAGAGGAAAGCUGAAGUCGAUCCUGAGGACGAGCAAGAGGUGAAGCGUACGAAGUCCGACCCCUCGAUCGUCGAAGCACCUGCUGCGAUAUCACAACCACCUGCGGGAGACUCUUCACCCAAGCACGCCACCCUCCCUCCCGCACCUUCAAUGACCUACCCAACUCUCUUCCUCAAAGACUCCUUCCGCGACACCUUCUGUCGCUGCCCCACGUGCUUCCCGCUCCUCUCAAAACAUCGCCAGCUUCUCGAAGAAGAGGACUCCUACUCCCCACCCGUCUCCGAAUCCGACCACGCCGAAGGCGGCGACAACCAAAGCGUCACCGGCCGCAGCGUCAACUCCGGAUCCUUGCUCGAACGCGGCGAAGCUGCCUUAAGCGGCAUGGACAGAGUGAGGGCUAUUGAGGGCGUGAUGGCGUAUAAUCAUGUCCGGGAUAAGGUGAAGCAGUUCCUGCAGCCUUUUGCGGAGAGCGGGACGCCGGUAGGAGCGGAGGAUAUUAAGGCGUAUUUUGCGCAGUUGAGGGGUGAUGAGGCGGGGGCGAGGACGGAGGUGGAGGCAGGGGGUGGGGUGGAGGGGGAUGGGAGGAGGGAGCAGGGUGGGUAUUGA